CUCUGAGUCGCAACUUUCCAAGCAAGCUGCACCUCUAGAAACUUCAAUGUCCAUGAGCUGUUGACGAUGAAAGGCACAGUAAUCCUAGAACACGAUAAAAUAAUAGGACUGGCUCAUAGACUUGUGUCGCUUUUUUGCGUUUUGGGCUGCUGAGCAAAAGGCUGUUGAGUUUGUACCUAUGCUUUCGAGCAGGAGAAUCUGUUGCUGACUAGAUAUUCUACAAUUCUAAAAAUCAGCAUCAGCUAUGGCAGGAAAUAAUUAUUUGAGUGAUUCAAAGAAUCCCUUUUUUGCUGUGGAGGAUGUCACAGAUGAUGAGUUUCUGAAGCACCCUAGACAGGGUUCAUCGGGAUACAUGUUCCCAGAGCAUCAGUCUCGACCCAGAAAUCCACUGGAAGAUCGCAGGCUGCAACUGCAAGAAGAGAGAAGAAAAAUUGAGGAGCGUACAUUGAACUCAUCUAGCCGAUCAGUUGGGCUGCUUCAAGAAUCGGAACGAGCUGGCAUUGAGACUGCAGAGGAGCUCAUGAGGCAGAGAGAACAGCUGGAGAAUACAGAGAGAAGGCUGGAUGACAUUAAUGCUACACUCAACACAAGUCAAAGGCAUAUCAGCAAUAUAAAGAGCGUGUUCAGCAGUCUGAAGAGCUAUUUCGGCAGCCGUAGCGCGGCGGCGGCCGACCCGGCGCGGCCCUCCGUGCCCCAGUCGAGCUCUGAGUCGCACCUCCAGCAGACAGUGCGGCGCACGGAGGCUGCGGCGGCCGACCGGCCCGCGCAGCCCCACCCGGGACUGCGCGUGCGGGGCCUGGACGACACGGAGCCGGUGGGAGGAGCCGGGGCCGCCGCCGCCGCUGAUCCGUACGCCAGAGUGGACGCCCAGCUGGACAGGAAUCUUGAGGAUAUGUGCUCGGGCCUGGGCCGACUGCGCGGGCUCGCCGAGGGGCUCGGCCAGGAGAUCUCGGAGCAGAACCAGAUGCUGGACCGAAUUAGCACCAAGACGGACCGUGCCGACGUGCGCAUAGGCUCCCAGAACAAGGAGAUGCUGCGCAUCAUGAAGAAGUGAGACUGCUUGCUGAAUGGUCGGCGCUGGCUCUGUGGGGAGGUGUGGGGGGCUGCCUCGUUGCGCUGGGACCGAGAGGGUAAAUUGAGUUUGUGUGUCGGUGUGCAUACGUGACGGUCCGUUACCGUUUUCCAAGAAGAAAAAUCAACCCGUUUUGAGUACGUAUACGACUGUUUUGGGAUCACCCCUUCUCGUGCGCGUUUGGAUGGAUUAUUAAAACAUAUUAUUUUGUAUGGAUUAUUGACUGAGCUGCUCUGGUGGCCCCUGAGAACCUUUAUCAUCGGUAAGAUGUGCGUAGUUAGUGGAUACAUACGGAGCGGUGGGCUGACUACAUGUACGGGGGGACGGACCAGAGACAUUGGAUUGUACGCUCAUGUUUAUAAGAGUAUGUUGUACUUUGAGUUAUGAUUUAUAUAUUGCUCUGCUGUAUUCUGCUACGCACUCUGGUGUUGGUUAUUGUGGAGCAGUGUGUCAGGCUGGUUAAUGUCUCAGGCUGUUGUAAAUCCAUUUACUCGUCUAACAUGAUAUGAAAUAUGUGCGACAGAGGGACCUACUGAUGGUCGUCAAAUUGGAUGUGUACCUACAUUGGCUUGACGGGGGCAAGAUAUACUCGAUAUGUUUUAUUUAGUGUUUCGUUUAUUAGAUCAAUAACCAUUUUGCGAAAGUUGCUUAUGUUAAGCGUACAGAACAGUCAGCACAAUGUCGAUGUUAUUGACCAACAAAUGAAAUCAUGUAUCUAUUUCAAUUACUUUAAUAUUCCGGCAAUAAACAGUCAAUCUAU